AACUUUGAAAUACCUACUUACAUACCUAUUACUUUAAUUUUUAUUUAAAUGUAAAAUAUUUAAUUUACAUUCGUAUCGUGAUCUAUCAAAGCUUUAAAAAGUGAUAUGUUAUAGAAAACUACUUCAUUUUGAGUAAAAAACUAAUUCAUCAAAUGGAUACAGAAGAAAUAGAUUUAAGUGACGAAGAAGAAGAGAUAACGGCUGAAACUGUAUUAAAAACAUUACAAAGUAGCUGGCAAAAUGAACGACUUUCUCCGGAAAUACUCCCGCAUCGUAAUGAUAUGGUAGAAUGUAUGUUAGGUCAAAUACAGCACAUGGAGCGUAAUAUAAACAAACUACCAAAAACAGACCUUCGGGCUUCGAUACACAAAAUGGAAUUAAACCGGAUAAAGUAUAUGAUUUGCAAUUACCUCAAAACUAGAUUAGAUAAAAUAGAAAAAUACUGUAUCACAAUUGUAAAUGAAGAGAAACAAAGAAUUGAGUCUGGUACCAAUUACUUGACUUCGUCUGAAUAUAGGUAUGCUCAGGAAUAUUUACUCAACAUGGAACAGCAUUUAAAACAAACAGUCCUAAAUAGUGUACCAAGUAAUAUGCAAACUUUUGAAAUGAAUAAAAUGGCAAUAAUGCCAAAUUUACAAUCUCAUGUAUUUUUGAAAGCAAAUGAAACUGUAAAUGGUAUAGUUUUAGAAGAUUUAUUUGGUGAUCAAGAUGAAGAAAUUGAUUUAGAAGAGGGCUCGCAGCAUAUUUUGCAAUAUAAAUUUAUAGCCGAUUUGGUAAAAAAUGGCAAAGUUCAAUUAGUUUGAAGUGAAUUUAUAUUUAUUUAGAAGAGAACUCUAUAUUUACUGAU